AUGUCUCCAGAGCCCAAGACCCAGGAAGGUUCUGCCAGCCAAGACAAGCAGGGCACAGGCCGCUCCCAGGCUGCAGUGCCUGCUUGCAGAGCUUGCAAGCAUGUGAUCACCAGGAAGGUCAACAAACUGGGGCAGUUGCUGCUGGAGAAGUGUAAGACCAAGGGGCAGGUCACACAGGCAGUGCUGCUCAAGAUCGUCAGGAGGAAGUACAGGCACCUCUACUCCAAGAUCUUCAGGAGAACCUCUGAGCUCAUGGAGCUACUCUUUGGCUUGGAAUUGAGGGAAGCCAACCGCAGAAGUCAGGCCUACACCCUGGUUGGCAAGCUGGGCCUCCCUAAUGAUGCAAUUCUGAGCAGCGAUAGUGGGCUGCCCACCACCGGCCUCAUUAUGUUGUUGCUCGGCGUGAUCUUCAUGAAGGGCAACCGCGCCACUGAGGAACAGGUCAGGGAGUUCCUCAACACGCUGGGGGUCUAUGCCGGCAGGAGGCACCUCAUCUUCAGGGAGCCCCAGAGGUUCAUCACCAACGAGCUACUGCAGCAGAAGUACCUGGAGUACUGCCAGGUGCCCGACCGCGACCCUCCCCGCUAUGAGUUCCUGUGGGGCGCCAAGGCCCAUGCCGAAACCAGCAAGAUGAAGGUUCCUGAGGUCCUGGAAAAGAUCAACAACAGGGUUCCGAGUUCCUUCUCCAACUUGUACGAGGGGACUUUGAGGCAUGAGAAGGAGGUUUUGGAAGCCACACCUGCAGCUAGGGACACUACCAGGGCUGCCGCCAAGGCCGGUGCCAAGAAGGCUGCCCAGGCUCUGCUAAGGCCGCUGCCAGGGCCGCCUCUGGUGCCAGGGCCGCCUCUGCUGCCAAGGCCUCUGAGCCUUUAG